GGUGAGGCGAGCCUGGCCAUGGGAGGAGCCGUGGUUGACGAGGGUCCCACGGGUGUCAAGGCCCCCGAUGGGGGUUGGGGCUGGGCUGUCCUCUUCGGCUGUUUCAUCAUCACAGGCUUCUCCUACGCCUUCCCUAAGGCCGUCAGCGUCUUCUUUAAAGAACUCAUGCACGAAUUUGACAUUGGCUACAGGCACACGGCCUGGAUCUCCUCCAUCCUGCUAGCUAUGCUCUACGGGACAGGCCCACUCUGCAGUGUCUGUGUGAACCGCUUUGGCUGCCGGCCUGUCAUGCUGGUGGGCGGCCUCUUAGCAUCCCUGGGCAUGGUGGCUGCGUCCUUCUGCAGGAGCAUCGUUCAGGUCUACCUUAGCACCGGGGUUGUCACUGGCUUGGGUUUGGCACUCAACUUCCAGCCCUCGCUCAUCAUGCUCAACCGUUACUUUAACAAGCGGCGCCCCAUGGCUAAUGGGCUGGCAGCAGCAGGCAGCCCCGUGUUCCUGUGUGCGCUGUCCCCGCUGGGCCAGGUACUACAGGACCACUAUGGCUGGCGGGGUGGCUUCCUCAUUCUGGGCGGCCUGCUGCUCAAUUGCUGUGUGUGUGCUGCACUCAUGAGGCCCCUGGUGGCAUCCCAGCCAGCCAGAGGGCCGGGGCCCCAGCAGCCCUCCCGGCGCUUGCUGGACCUGAGCGUCUUCCGGGAUCGUGGCUUCAUCCUCUAUGCAGUGGCCACUUCCAUCAUGGUGCUAGGCCUCUUCGUGCCACCCGUAUUUGUGGUGAGCUAUGCCAAAGACCUGAAAGUCCCAGACACGCAGGCUGCGUUCCUGCUCACCAUCCUCGGCUUCAUCGACAUCUUUGCGCGGCCCACUGCCGGCUUCCUCACUGGGCUUGCGAAGGUUCGGCCCUACUCUAUCUACCUCUUCAGCUUCGCCAUGUUCUUCAAUGGCUUCACAGACCUCACAGGCUCCACGGCCAGUGACUACAGCGGCCUGGUUGUCUUCUGCAUCUUCUUCGGCAUCUCCUACGGCAUGGUGGGGGCCCUGCAGUUUGAGGUGCUCAUGGCCAUUGUGGGUACUCACAAGUUCUCCAGCGCCAUUGGCCUGGUGCUGCUGCUGGAGGCAGUGGCAGUGCUCAUUGGCCCCCCAUCAGGAGGUGAGCUUCUGGAUGCCACGCACACCUACAAGUAUGUGUUCAUCCUGGCGGGGGCCGAGGUGCUCACUUCCUCCCUGGUGCUGCUGCUGGGCAACCGCUUCUGCAUCAGGAAGAGGCCCAGGGAGCCUCAACCCGGGGUGGCUGCAGAGGAGGAGCUCCAGAAGCCCCGGGUGGACAGAGAUGCCGGGGUGGACUCUUGUGAAGUGGAGCAGUUCCUGAAAGCGGAGCCUGAGAAGAACGGGGAGGUUGUGCACACCCCGGAAACAAGCGUGUGAAGGCCUGGCUGGGCUGGCAGGUACAGGGAACAGGUACAGAGACUGGCAACGCUCGUAUUUAUUUCACAAACAGGACUAGCUUAAGCGGGGCCCUCGCUCGGCUCCGGGUGCCUGGUUGGCGGGUCGUCACUUGAGCAGUGUUUUGCAGGGGAGGUGGUGGGCGGGAAUCAUGUCGUUCCAAAGCUGAUCUGCGGUGAAGCCAAGCUGAGGUUAUGAGCCGUCUGCACCAGGGCCUGGCCUGCUGACCCACAGCCCUGAGCCCACCGCUGUGCUCAAGGACCUAGAACCCACGCUUCAGAGACAACAUGACUUUAAUCAGAGGGCUUGCUAGGUACAGGCUGGUGGGUGGGCACUGCUGCAGGGGCCCUCCCUCAUGCCUGUCUGGCCCACUGUCCUGCACCCCUGGACUCUGCAGUGGUGUCCUGUGCCUACCGCCUCAGUGUCCAGUGCACAAAGUUCCUUCUAAACCGGGAAGGUGGAAAAUAAACCAGUAUGGAAGGAGGCUCAGGGGAACCUUUCCCUAGAAGUGUGUGAAGUUGUGUCCUCUGUGGUCUGUUCAGCCCAAAUGU